GGCGGGACGCGAGCAGAGGCGAGGCGAGGCGAGGCGCGGGGCCAUGGAGCGGUACUUCUCGGCCACGCAGAAGAUGGAGCAGGAGGUGAUGUUCCCCAGCCUGCUGCGAGGGGUCUUCCCGCAGGACGGGGCCGACCCAGCCGCCGACGGCCCCGCGGACCUCUACGAGCGCUACCAGCUCCUCAAGGCCAUCAAGCCCGUGGUGGAGCGAGGCCUGGCGUCCUUCACCGAGCGCAGCUCCGCCGGCCACGCCGACGCCGACGCCGACGCCGACGCCGACGCCGACGCCGACGCCGAGGACGCGGCGGCCGCAGCCGACGGGGCGGCCGGCAGCCUGGAGCAGCGGCUGUGCCACCACCUGGCCGGGCUGCAGCAGAUCCUCAGCCACCUGACCAGGGACACCGCCGCCCUGACGCGCCGCUACAGCCAGAUCCUGGAGCGGAUCAGCCCCGGCGACGCGCAGCCCAGCUGGUGACCCCGCGCGGCUCCGCUCAGCGCCGCGGGACGGGGCGGCCUCCGAGCGGCGCCGGCAGAGCCGCGGAGCCGUCUGCGGGGCCGUCCCGCGGUGCCCCGCGGCUCCGCCGUGCGCUCCGUCCUCGGAGAGCGCCGCGCUGCCGCGCUGGACUCGGACGGAGCCGUGCGGCGCCGGCGCCUUCGGGCUGGAUCCCGGAGCCGCGCAGCGCUGCCCUCUCUCGUGUUUUUCUAAUAAAACUCGUGUUUUUCUAAUAAAAGGAACUGUCCGCA